AAGCAGAAAAUCUGCAGAGAUGUUGAGAACAAGUGAUUCAUUCCAUAUCACAUGUGUUAUUUGAUCAGUUUUUAAAUAAAAUGUAUUGAUUGGAGCAGCUUUAUCUGGUGAUUACAGUCUUUAAACAAUCAAUAGAUGUUAUUUUGAAUGAUUAUUAUCCACCUGAUGAGACGAUAUUUCCAUAUGACGGACAGUCGGCUCCUCUGUGAGCUUUAUAACCUUCAGCUGUGAGUCAGAGUUUGACCUCUGACCUCUGCACAACAACACGCCGGUCCGCAGAGUGUUUUCAAUGUAAACAUCUGAGCAUCGACCUGUUUAAUAUUUAACCGCAACAGGUGCAUCAUCAAUCACAGGAAAACACAUCCACACACUUUUAUCUGAUGUGUUGAAUACAUGAAUAACGUGUGGCAGCCGCUGAGGCAUCACUCCGCAGGAGGAGGAGACACCUAUAAAUACAGGAGGAGGAACGAAGCGCGCAGCAGAAGAAGAACUCAGCUCACAGGGGAAGGAAAAACAACAUCAGUACAAACUAGAACAACAAAGAGAAACAGACUCUGGAGCUGAAAUUAGACAACAAAGAAGAAGAAAUCAGAAUAUUUCUAUAAUAUUCUUGUAGGAUCUUAAAUUAUUUCUGUGUUUAAUCGUUUUUUAACGUUUUCUGUGAUGGAGAGCGUGCGAGCCGUCGUCUACCUGUCCGUCUGUCUGUCCGUGCUGACAUCACUCUGUCAGGGUCAAAGGUCAGCCGACAGCCAACUGCCGUCUGCACCUGACGAGCCGACCCUCGGAUUCACAACCAGAGAGCUGGCUGAAGCUCUGCAGGGUUUCCUGGAUGAAGCUGAAAACAGAGUCGGUCUCUCUGUGGAGAAGAAAGCCAGCGUCAUUCCCCGGUGUGAUGUCGGCGAGCGAUGUGCAAUGAAACACGGACCUCGUAUCGGCCGACUGUGCGACUGUCUGAGAGGAACGGCCUGCAAUACCUUCUUCCUGCGCUGCUACUGAACACACAAACACAUUUAUACUUCUGUACUUGUGAGGACAUCAUCCAUUCUCUAACCUGAACCCUAAAACCAAGUCUGAACCCUCAAACGGCUCUUUAGAGAAGAACUGAGGAUCAAACAAACUGACCCCACUGUUGAGGUCUGAAGGUUCGGUCACACCAGCGAAAUUAAUCUGCGAGUCUUCGCAAAAUAUUUGGUUGGAGGAGCUUUGAGACAUGCAGACUACUCGCAGGGUUAGCUGGUGUAGCUGGUGAGCUAAUCGCUAACGCACUAACCCAGCUUGUCUCUAUUUUCUCUCUUCUGUUCUGUUUACUUCCCCCUGACAUUUGUUCACCAUUGUUCAUGAUUUUGUUCAAUAAAAAGUUAUUGACGAGGGAAAAUAAAACGCACCAAGCUAAUGAGGUUGCUAUAGGUCAGUUAACAAAUUUACUGAAAACCAACUGCUAACAUUCACUAACAGUCGUGGAUGGAAACAAGUAUUCAUUCUUAUUAUUUUUCUGAUUUUCUGGAAAUUUAGUUAAAACUUUCAUCACAUUUGGAUGCAAACUUCAACACCUGCUGGGUCAUUGACUACUCGCAGAGUAUGUUAGCUAACUGCUGUAGCUGACAAGCUAACUCUUAGCAUCACUCAGUCUCAUUAGCUUCUCUCUAUUUCCUCUCUACUGUUCUGUUUACUUCCUCCUGAUGUUUUGCCCAUGAUUUUGUUCAAUAAAAACUUAUUGAAGAGGGAAAAUAAAGUGCUCCGAACGAACGAGCUUGCUAACAGUCAGUUAGCAAACUCAUUAUCUUAGCUUGGUUGCUAACAGAAUAUUUUCACAGUUUAAAAAGACAUUUGUACCAUCGAUUCCUGUCUCCUAACUGUCUGUAAAACAAAUACUAACACAGAGGCUGUCAAAUAAACUGGAUGUUAGCAACACAGCUAACUGAUUAACUGCGAUAGCUUCCUCCGUUUUGGACUCUCCGUCCACUCGAAGGUCAGUACUGUCAGAGCGACUUGUUAUCAGUCAAGUUGCAAAUUUGCAACUUCACCAAAGUUGAGCUCAAAAGCUUAAAAGAUGCAAAAAAUUAUGCUGAUUUUCUUCCCUCCUGCAUUUUUCCAUUUUUAAUUCUGGUGUGACCGAGUCUUUAAACUGGUCCUCACAAAUAUAGAAGUACACACACUCUCACACACACACACCUGUCUCACCUGGAUGUCUCUCGCUUCCCUUCUGCAUGUUUCUGUCUUUGUUUUGAAGUUUCAGUGUCUAUCCCUCAGAUUCAUUUAUUUUUGUUAAAUAAAGAUUCUUCAUAAAGCUGCACGGCUCCAAUGAAUUCCUGUUUUCCAUCAAUUUACAAUAAACAGGGGACUUUUUUCCCCCUGAGAUUAGUCUGUCAGGUAACUCCUUUCUUAGUGUCUGCUUGUAAUCUAAAGCAUCUGAUUGGUGGAGCUUGCUGAGGUGGUACACAGCCUGCAAAUGUCUGUUCAGUGCAAAAUGUUGCCAAUUUAAUUCAGCGUUCAGGUGCUCUACAUAGGUGAACAUCAGUAAAGGGUUCAGGGAAGCUCAUGAAGUCAUUAAGAUCCAGCGGUGGAAGAAGUAUUUACAUAAAGUAUAGAGCAGUGAUGUGUGAGCAGUCGCUGCUUCUUGAAGUA